AUGUCUCGCUCUUCUUGCGCACCUCCAACGCCGCCGCCCGUCGACAGCGCUGAUAUAGCAGUACAAGCACAGCUCCCAACCAUUCCCACAUCCGUGUCGUCCCCUGCUUGGUUUCCUUCCGUUGACUCUCCUCUCGUUCCAUCUUCUUCCACCGCUACUUUGGUUGACGAUGUCUCGCUGUCGCCACUAGAAAAAGGCAAAGCGACGUUUGAUCCCUCUGUACAUGAGAUUAAAGUUGGCAAGAUCGUCGAAGCGUUGGACGCGAUGGAUGUGAACCAGCUUGAUGUUACUUCGACCGACCUCGAGCCAGGCGAAAUCGCUGCAGACACAAGUUCUCGUCGUUCGCUUGACUCUUCGCUGCCUCCACUUCCUGCAUCUCCCGUAUCCUCCGCUCGCACCACGCCAGAAUUCGCUAGUACCCUCACAUCAAAGGCUGCUUCAGUGGAUCCUGCAACGACUACCCCAUUGCCAAUUUCUCCACCUCGUGUUUCGCCAACCGACCAGCCACAGUCGUCUCCGUCGUUUGCACCACAUCUGCCCGAACCAGUUGAGAAGACGCCGAAUGUGUAUAUCAACGGACUUCCUCCUAACUUUCCCGAAGACCAGUUGUUCCAGCUGGCAGUCCCGUUUGGCACGGUGCGGAGUGUCCGGAGCUUUACGCGCCACGUAGGGGACACAGAAACUGGCUAUGGAUUCGUCCUGUUCGAUACUAUUGCCUCUGCGGAGCGCUGUAUUAAUUCAUUGAGACGAUACAGAAACUUGCAUCCGACGUUCUCCAAGCAAGUUCAUAAGAUUCCCGGCACGAUCUAUGCCCACACACGUAAUGCACCUGCCUCUCAAGUCACCUCAGCGUCAGCUUCCUCACGAGACGGCAACUCGUCACUUCAUGGCUGGGAGCAGGAAGAGGGUAGUACUAGCGGGGACUCGACCUUCAAAGCUCGCAUGGAACGGCUUUCGGACAAGAGCAGCACGAACUUAUACAUCGAGGGGCUUCCGUUAAGCAUUGAUGAAGUGACUCUGGCCGCGCUCGUCUCUCCUUAUUCCAUUCGCAGCAGCCGAUUCUUCCAGACACGUCUUAGUAACCCACCACGGAUUAUUGCUUUCGUUCGCCUCGAGACGCGCUCUGCUGCAGAAGAAAUUAUCGAGCGUUUGCAUGGAAGAAUGGUCCGUGGGUGGAAUGACCCGGGUAGUCGUAUCUCGGUGCGUUUUGCGGAUACGACGGAACAAAGGGAGCUUCGGCGCCAAGAGCGGUUGACGCGCGAAGGCGAAGGAGGAUCCAGUCAACUUAGUAUCGCGCAGGCGACGUUGUUGAACCUUCGCGGCAAUGACCUCAAUCGCAACUCGAACGGUGGUUAUAGAGGCAACGAUGUCUCUGAGCCAGCAACACGUGUUCCUUUUCAAUACGCUGAAUACCCCGCCGUCCCGCAUUCGCGGCAGUUUGAUGCGCUUGAUCACGCUCGUGUUCCUCCUCGCUAUCCACAACAGCAAAUCCCGUCAUACUACGAUGGCUCCCCCGCCCAAACUCAACGCAUCAACCCGGCUAUGGCUUCCUUGCUCGAGUCUCUUCAAGCCCAGGCAGACUAUCACCACAUCUCGGGUGUUCCUGUGUCAAAUGUUCGUCCGUUCGUCCCUCGCGGACAACAAGGACUUGGGAUUGGAAGCGGUGGAGCUCACGCACAACUUGGUGGAUAUACUCCAACUGAGGAGUUCAUUUUGCGUGCUCGGUCCGAGUCCCUUCCGCCGUUCUCCAACGCGUCUUUGAAACGCCGACCACCGCCUUUAGAUCUCAACGAUGGCCGCUUGCAUCCUGUCGAGGGUAGUGGUGACGCAAACAUUGGAAUGGGUGUUCGUGGUUAUCGCACACAAGCAUCUACGCUCUCUUUCCGCCAUGGCCAACCUCUCAGUCCAGUGUUUGACGCACCAGAAUCAUCGAUGAACGAGGAAGACUUCCAUGCUCAACGUGGAGACAGAAACCAUUCCCUUCACAACAACAACAACAACAACAACAACAACAACAAUAGCACAGCUCGCAUGCCUCGUAACACCAACUCCUCUUUUUCUCAUCACGCUCAUUCCGCGCCCUCUCAUUUGCGCGCUCAGCAUCACAAUGAAUUUGUUCCCCGUCAUCGGCAAUCGUCGCUUCCUUCAAACCAGAAUCAUUCCUACCAGCAUUCGCAUUCACAACAGCAACUUCACGAAUCCAGUUCCAGCAGCAACAACAGCACCCACAACAACCAUGCGACGACUAAAGCUAAUCACAUUCGCGUCGCACCGCAUAUCAACACCAAUGUCAACAGCAACAACAACACCAACCCUCUUUACGGACGUGGCCAGCAGAUUGUGUUUCCAAACGAUGUCGAGCAAGCCCAAUCUUCUCCUGCGUUGGUGUCCCCAGCUUUGACCUACUCCUCAUCGCGCUCCUCGGGUUUUAGUCCGACGACACCGUUCCUUCCUUCCUUCGAUGAAGGCGAGAACCCACAGGAAACCGAUGGGUUCGGUGGCAAGAAGAGGAUCGAGGGCCAACACCACCACCAAUCGCAGCAAGCAAGCGGACCUGUCCUGACUAGAUGA